AUGCGGGCCACACUUGACUACAGCGUCAACCCGUGUAAAGACUUCUACAAGUACGUCUGCGGUAAAUUCAGAGGCGAGGACGUGUACUCCCACACCAUAGAGCUCGUGAGGUGGAUGAUCUCAAUGAACCUGGACUUCUACAACACGACAAGACUGGCGGCAGUCAAGCCUGUUGAAGUGAUGGUGCGGGGCUCUCUUGACCUGGGAGUCGACGUUAUGCUCGCCAUUACAUUUCAAAAGCGGAACUUCAUUGGUAACAAGAGAGCGGCACAGCACCUCAAAUUAAAACGCGAGGAAACAGAAUUAGCCAUAUUCAACAUGCUCACCAACAAGUACGACGGCAAAAAUCUUGAGGGUUCCCGGCUCAUGGUUAACCAGACGGAGAGCAUGGUGUCCCAAGUUCAGACUGCCUUCCGGGACACGCUGUUGAACUCAUUGUGGAUCAGUUACAAGGAAGAAGUGGGUGCUAUCCGAAAGUUUGACGACAUAGUGGUGAACGUAGGAAGUCCAGGACGGCGACUAGACCCGGAGUUCAUUGACGAGCAUUACAAAGCGUACCCGGACGCACCUGUGAACCGGCUCUUCCCCUCAUGGAUAAAGGCUCUUUCUCUUUCCACUCACUCCAUUUGGAGCGACCAGACGACUGCGCUGUACGACGAGAAUGAAGUCACCGCACGUUACAUACCCGACUACAAUGUCGUUGUAGUACCGACAGCCAUCAUCACCCGUCCAUUCUUCUAUCUGGACGGGCCAAUGGCUCUGAAUUAUGGUGGCCUCGGAAUGCUGUCCUUAAGUCGCCGGCAGGAGAUUUUGAACGACACGGUCGACUCCGAGAAUCUGGCUGACCUCGUGGGAACCAGGAUCGCAUACACGGCCUUCACUUCGUUGUCCGCCGAGUACGAGGCUGAAACACUCGCCGGCCUAAAUAUGUCGGCAAAGCAACUGUUCUUCAUCAACCACUGUGCGAAAUGGUGCGCUCAGCACAGCAUACCCGGGAAGCGCUACGCGCCAUACCGUUCACGGUGCAUUGUGCCUCUCAUGAACAUGCCCGAGUUCUCGUGGACCUUUGGCUGCCCGGCGGGCGCACCCAUGAAUCCACACAACAAGUGCGAGUUUUGGUUUUAA